AGCCAGUUGGUUUGUGAGAAAAUGGGAAAGUUAAAAAUAAAUAAAAAAUAAGUCGCUCCUACGAAGACAUGCCUAAAGACAACCCUUUACUGAAGUAAAUUAGUAACUGAUUUUUAUGUUAUACGGUCACGUAAAUACAGGGUAAUUCCCCUGCGAAAAUCCAAAAAGACAGACAGGAAGUACAAAUUGCAUCAUUUUUAGUAAGUUUGGAAAAUUAGUUAAAAUGAGCUCGAGUCCGAAUUUGAUUGACGGCAUUGGUGAUGAAGUAAUAGUCGCAGUGGGUUUGUUAAUCGGCUUUACGACCAUCGUACUUGCAUGGAUGUCAACAAGAGUAUCUGAACGUCACUACGACCAAUUUUCACUCAAUACCAACAUUCUACCCAACGAAACAAGAAGGGUUGUUGAAGAACAAACACAGGGAACAGUCGAACCAGGGGUUCCUACUAAUGAUAAUAGUCAACAGUUAAACAAUGAACCAUCGAUACAUACUGAACCAGCUCAACCAGAUGUGGUGACAUCAUCCGGGGGUUCCCCAGCCACCAAUGCGGAUCAUUUAAGACAAAGAUUUCCUGCUGGUGCAAGUGAAUCAACGCAAGAAAAUGACAGUUCUACCUUUCCCAACCAAUUUUCAAUCCGUUUAAAGUUUUUGGAUGAGACAGUUCAGAUUGUGCAAGCUCGAACCACAGAAACUGUUGGUGAAUUUAGAAGACGUGUCUUUCCUGUAGCAGUUGCAAGUCGGUAUCGUAUUAUAUUUCAAGGUCAGGUGUUAAGGGAUGACAACCAAACUCUCGCACAAUGUCGACUUGGUCCUAAUCUUAAUUCCCCACAAGACUUUCCAGUUGUUCAUUGUUUUUUAUCAUCCACUGAAAACAAUCCGAAUGCUCCACGUGAUGCGAGUUCGCAAAUCCAACAAACUGUGGAGGAAUUAAACAUCGGUCAUUUCUUUUUACCGAUGCUUGGCAGCAUUUUAUCGUUGCUUCUCUACCUUUGUGUAUACUACACAAGUUUAUUCACUUUGCCAGCAAUGUUUGGGGUGGCAGGAUUUGCUUGCUUUUUUAUUGUGUUACUUGUGAAUCAUUUUGUAUAAAUGCGAAUUUGUUUCCUUCUACAAAAAUAAGAUUACUUAUUGAGAUUAGUUAUCUUCUUUUUGCUUCAGUAUUAUAUAUAAAAAAGUCCCAAUAUAUCCUAGGCCUAACAAAAUUGUCAGAAGAAUAAAAUUUCUAAAAAAAACUUUUAAACAAAAAAUGUUUUUUUAGGGUGGUUUACAGAAAGUAUAUGUAAGUUUCUGCCAGAUCAAAUAUAUUUUUAUAAAUUUGCAAUUUAAGUUUCCCUUUAUUAAAACUUGCUUUCUUGUUUUGUGUAUUAAAAAGGCGCGUGCGGGAAUUUUCAUUUUGCUCAAAGUCAAACUGACAUGUGGUCAGUCAGCUUUAAUCCUUAUUGAGGUAAGUACCGUGUUGUAUCUUAUUCGUUCUAAAUAUUGUUUUGAAAAUUGCCAAUGAUGAUUCAGCCAUGCUAAUACUGAGAGAAAAGUGUUUAUUUUCCACUGAGUACAAAUUUCUCAUGAUUCUGAGGCAUUAAGAAUACAAACGAUAUUUUGUUAUAACAAGGGAGUUUUCUGAAUUCCUGAGUCCAGUUAACUGCGAUAGUUUAAUGUAAUCAUUCAGCUGCUGACCAGAGAAAACUUGGGUCUUUUAUUAAAAAUGAGUAAAAAGUGAUUUUCUGAACCAAAUUCGUAGUAAGACUUCAUUCCUGUUCUUAGUAGAAGCAGUAUCUAUGACGCAGACAAUAAACUGUAGCCUCCACUAAACAAAUAGGAUUUCUGGUUGAAUUAAUUGACCCAUACUGAUGUGACUUUAUAUACAUUCUUCAGCGGAGUGCUAUAUCUGCUUGUCGCUUUAUAAUCAGAGACCAAACGGUUCAUAAUAUCUUGCUUUAUUUUUUUCUGGUUUACGGGUACACUAUAUAAAAACGGACAAAAGCUUACUUAGCUGCUGGAAGCCAGGCGUGAACCUAGAUUGACCUUGAGUCAGUUUAAUCAGAGAGUUGCAACACGAUAGACUAAAACAUCAACUACAGUUUUGUUAAUAUACAAUUUUUGGUUUAAAGCUGUUUAAAAUUGAGCUCCAUAAAGGCACAUAGCUCUGAAAAGGGCUGUUCUGUUGGGCAUUGGUUCAAUAAGCAAAUUCAUUUACACUGGUCACCAGCUAAUUUUUAUUGUACAUAAUUCAAUUAAGAUAUGUUUUCAUAUCUUUACUGUUGUUAUUUUAUUUCAGGUUCAUUGGUAUGGAUUUUGUUUACAUAAUUUAAAUACAAAUUCCUUUACAUGGACACUGCUCUGACGCAUGGUUAGGCCUAAUAACGUUAACAUUUGAUUUAUAAUACAGUAAUAACUUUUA